AAAAAAUAUUUGGGUUUCAUACAGAUGCAAAAUUAAGUUUAGAUUCAUACGAAUUUAGGUAUGAGUGAAAUUAGCGACAUUAGGCAUUACUUGUGUAUAAUGGUGAGUUGCUAUUAGAUAUAUCAACCUACAAUAAUAAUAAUAAUAUAUCAACCUACUUAAAAUAAGUAUAUUUACAAGAAUUAGAUGUUCUACCAUUUUAUUUCCCGUGAAUACAAGGAUAUCAUUUGACACUAUCGACAACUGUGGCGAGAAUGUAACAAACCGAAAAUCUGACAUUUUUGGCACAUGUAGUAUAUUUCGAUAUAUUAGCAGUACAAGCAACCAAUAAGCCGGUAUAUGUAUUUUUAUUUCGCAAAAAUCGGCACAUAUUUUUGGAAAAUUCGCCAAAAAUGUAGCCGAAAAAAUUUGGUGACGUCUGCCGGGACGCACUUCGCGGUGCAUCACGUGGCUGUAGCUCCCACUCCGACCACUAGGCGGCGAAAAGGAGCUUCCAACGGGAUCCUGGUAAGUUUAAACUACGCAUUAGUGGGCUGCAUUUAGACCGGAAGCGGUUUGAGGCAAAGUUGUGAAACAGCUGUGAAACAUCAUCAUUUAAAAUCUAAAUCAGCUCUAUUGAUCUACAAAGUAUGAUUUAACGGAGCGCACAUGUUCACAGUAGUAAAGUUAUUAGAUAAAGGCUGUUAUAAGGACUUAUGCUAAUAUAAAUUGAGCUUUUGGGGAGUUAUUUAUAAUAACAAUCAUUUCUUAGUUUUUAAGGUCGAAACUUUUAUUGGCGGAGGACCUUCAAAUCUGUUCAUUCAAUCACAGUAGAACGUCAACCCCCCCUCGUGCUUUACGCACAGGCUGCGUGGAUUUAGGACGUCGAGGAUGCCAAAUAGUUCCGUGCGCGUGCAGCGCGCGCGCGCGCGUAGUGUUCGCGGCAGUCGGACCGGACGCGCCGGUGGAGCAGCAGCAGCAGCGAUGGGAGCUUCUCAGACGCGCUCGGAGCACCGGCACCAGGACCUGGCGGAUAGAACCGGAUUUUCACUGGAACAGAUCAAAAACCUUCACAGAAGAUUCCAGCAGCUGAGUGGGGAUGAAGAAACAAUAAGUAAAGAGAACCUGGAAAGCAUACCGGCGCUCGCCAACAACCCGAUCAGGAAGCAAAUCAUCGGCGCGUUCUUCGAUAAAAGGAACCAGAACCGGGACGAGGUGGGCUCCUGCGAGCAGAUCGGCUUCGAGCAGUUCCUCAUGGUCAUGUCCCACUUCCGCCCCCCCAGCCUGAAGACCACGGCGGAGGAGAAGGAGGCGAUGAGGAGGGAGAAGCUCCGCUUUCUCUUCAACAUGCACGACACGGACAAUGAUGGGACCAUCACUCUGGUGGAGUACCGCAAGGUAGUAGAAGAGCUUUUGUCCAAAAGCGGUGCCAUCGAGGAGGAAACUGCCAAAGCCAUCGCGGAUGCUGCCAUGUUGGAAGUGGCGAGCACCAACGUGCCCGCCAUGGGCCCAGAUGACUUCUACGAAGGCAUCACCUUUGAGCACUUUGAACAGAUUUUGAAGGGACUUGAAAUGGAGACUCGGAUGCACAUUCGCUUCCUGGACGUAGACACCACCACGAUGCGCUGUGGGAAGUUCACCUCUUGAAGUCGUCUUUGUGAAAGAAUGCUUCCGUUUGUAGUUCCAAACGCUCGAUGUGCACUAAUACAUUUCUGGAUGGUGGUGAGAAGUAAUUACAGUUAUCUACCACCAGGUACACUUUUAUACAAACUAAAACGACUAAUACGUUGGGGUUAAAGGACGUUAUCUCUCUCUCUCUCUCUCUUUUUUUUAAUCAUUGUGAUCGCUAUCCUCCUAUUCGGGUUUAAAGCUAACAGCGCCGCGUUCUCCUGCUGCUACGUGAAGGACUCGUUGUGCUGCAGGCCAAAAGGUGCACGAGGAGUCGGACGCGCCUGGUGACGCCGCAUUCCUCUGCACAGUCGACCGACCACUUCUGCCAGAAAUCCAACACGCGUUCCUGGAAGGUGAACGAUUACGGGCUUUGAACUCGAGUGUAUUGAGGAAACGAAUUGAAGGGAUAAUAACGAAAGAAAUGCAUGUGUAAGAUCGUUUUUACAGAAACUUAAUGACUGUACGAAAGAAGAAUUUUUGGUAAUGAGGUAAAAGGGGAUUUUUAAAACGUGUUUUUAUUGCUGUAAUGUUUUACAGUGGUUUCUGUAUAGAACCUGUAUACAAAAUUUACAUUAAAAAAAAAAAAAAGUCAAGUUGCCUGGUUUGACGAGUCGUUGAAAAGAGGUCAGAGG